GUGUGCGAGAAAGAGAGAGAGAGAGAGAGAGCGCGAGGCCACCGUAACUGCGCUUCCUGACGCACAAGUGUUGUGACUGGGGAGAACCGUUAUUGACACAUUGUUCGGAGCCAACACAGCAGCCUGCGCGCGCGUCUGUCGGGGAUAAAAGGGCGAAGCCUGCUGCAUCCAGCCAAGAUGGGGAAGGUGGAAGGCGGCAUGAAAUGCGUGAAAUACCUUUUGUUCGUGUUCAACUUCAUAUUCUGGUUAAUGGGCUCCUUCGUUCUGGCCGUGGGACUGUGGCUGCGCUUCGACCCGGAAACCGUGUCCCUGCUGAACGGCGACAAGGCCCCAGACACCUUCUUCAUCGGUGUGUACAUCCUGAUCGGUGCCGGCGGUCUGGUGAUGCUGGUCGGGUUCUUCGGCUGCUGCGGGGCAGUUCGGGAGUCUCAGUGCCUGCUGGGUUCGGUACGUAGACACGCUCCCUCAUUCACCGCGUUUUCACCUCAUCAUGAGGGACUCCACUCACCGUCGCCGUUCUUCCCCCAGUUCUUUGCUUGUCUUCUGAUCAUCUUUGGAGCCGAGGUGGCAGCGGGAGUGUUCGGAUUCCUAAACAAAGAUAAAAUAAUCGAAGACGUCCAGAACUUUUACAAAACAACUUACAGUGAGAACAAUAACGGCACAUUGAUCAUCUCAUACCAGAAAACACUGAAUUGUUGUGGAACUGCAGCGACACCCUGCCCUGAUGCCCAACCGAAAACCAAGGACUGUGAGGUGGGAAUCAAGGACUUCUUCAACAGUAAACUCUACAUCAUCGGGUACGUGGGCAUCGGCAUCGCUGGAGUCAUGAUCAUCGGGAUGAUCUUCAGUAUGGUGCUCUGCUGUGCCAUCCGCAACAGCAGAGAGGUCAUUUAAGCCGGACCCCCCCCCCCACACACACACACACCGUCCCUGACCCUGCUCCAGAACCCACGCCGGAGGCAGGAACCCAUCCACCUUUCUUUUCAUUCCGGUGCUUACUGCCGUUAAAUCACAUUUAGAGCUUCUCCAUUCCGAGCCUCUCCCGUCCGGCUGCUGCUGACCUGACGCUGUUUGUUUUUCCCCGCGGCCGUUUGGCCGCCUGCACCAUUUGUAGUAACUCCACAUACUGUCGCCGUAGUGUCAAUGAUUGUUCACACACGCGUGCCAGCGACCCCACGCCUGUGGGAAACUCGAGUCCGUGAGGGAGCAACCUGAGGCCGCGGCAGCUGAGUCUGUCUGCGUCCACACGCAUCAACACGCGCACGGACGCAGGCGCGAACGCGGCGCCGCCGCGUUACGUGAGGCAGCAGCUUCCGCCGCCUCAGAGGAAGUUAAAGGCAACGGACAGUGACCGCUUCAAGGUCUCCAUCGUGCAAAGCAGGAGAGAUUUGAGCUGUGCUCCCCCUCUGCAGAACAGAACUUAGAACUUAGUUUAACCAGAACCCCAUUCAUUUCUAAGGAUUUAUUCCCAGUCAAGGAUUCCAGGAUGUAAAUAUGUAUCUUCCUUGUAAUUGUGUUGGCUGAUGUGGUAGUUGCUUUGUGUAGCCCAGGUUUGCAGUAGUUGUACAGUGUUGUAGCAGCUGCGAGCGCUUCUGAACGUGCCUUCCUCCCUCCUCCUCCUCCUCCUCCUCCUCCUCCGACAACGAGCUGCUCGUGAACAGCCGGCAGUGUGAGCGUGGAAGCGGCCACGUGGUCCACGUGGAAGUGGACCCGGACCCGCGCCAAGCGUUCAGGCCCUUCAUGUCGGUUCAGCCCACGCGAUGAACACAGACCGCUCCGAGCUGAAGCCAGUACGCAACGUCAUGAUGGGUUAACAUAGUGAACUAGGUGAAGUAACAAUAAGUUCCUGCCUUCACUUCUCAUAUUUGUUUGAACGUGUCUGAGACUGUGUUUAUUUAUUUGAUAAAUAUUCAUUCCCGGCUUCUCAGGACCAUAGAUGUGGAAUAAAGCUUCUGACGUUUUACAGCA